AUGAAUAACAUUAUCGAGCUACCAAACGAUACGGAUUUGAUAAACGACGCAUCCGAUGGAAGUGAACCUGAAAAUGCACAAAAUAUUGUGUUACCCAUUCCACAAAGACGAGAUGCAAACGAACCUGACGUGGUCGAUUUGACAUUGGAUGACGAAGACGAGAAUGGUGAAAACGAGAUAGAAGAAAUCGAGCAAGACGAAGACGAAAUUCUGGAAGUUGAAGCAGAAGAGGAUGGUAACGAAGGGGUGGAAGUGCUUCACGAUUUGAAUGCUGAUUACAUAAUGAAUGCGUUUCAUCAGGCUUUUAAUGUAGAGGAAGAAGAACCAGGGCGUGGUGAAGGUGGCGAGGAAGAAGGAAGAGAAGGAGAGAAUAUUGUUGAUGUUGAUAAUGAUCUCAUUAUUGAAGAAUCAGUUCAGAAAUCUGAUGAAGAAAAACGAGCUCUAAUGAAAGAUAAUAUUGACAGUCUUCUUACAUGGUUGAAGCGAUUGAAGCCCGAACACUUUAAGAACUUCAAAGUCGGAGGCUCCCACUAUUUGACAGGUUACACAUUGGAUGAACCAUUUCUUGACGAAGAAACAUGUGUGAAAAUUGCACAGGAUUUCAAAGAAGUUGGAUCACUUGAUGGACUUGCGGUGAAAUGGAAUUUAGAGAAUGACGAAUUGCUGAUUGCCUCUAUUUGUAUGGGUAUAUUAAAGGUCGAUAAUGCAUUCGAUAUUGACUUCGGUCUUCUCAGCGAAAAUCGAAUUGAUGAAUGGAGUUGUUUGAAAUGUGAAAAAUAUCUUGAUAGUAUAACUUCUGGUGUGAACCAAAAAAAUUCACCGCUCAAGUUCAUGCAGUUCACUGCUACUUCACCAGCUUCAGCAAUACUUCUGCUAACCUAUUUUUCCAUGGUUGCAAAUGAAUUUCCAUGCAAAUUUGUAUUAGAGUCUGGAUCCGUUGAUCAACCAAUUAUUGAUGCCUACCCAUACGAGCUUGCAACCAGCAUCUUGGAUGCAUCCUUUCAAUACUGGCAAGAAGGAGGUGCGCGUAUUCAACCUCAAAUGGCCAGAGAAAUAAACGAAUUCUUCCACCAAAUUGAUGCGGCAUCAGCUGAAAUGAAAGAUCAUUUCGAAAAUACGUUGGCUCAAGAAAAAGAAAUUGAUAAACUAAUAAAAGAGAAAGCUCCAAAAGUUGGAGACAUAGAAGUGUUUGAUCAAACUCUACUCACUAAAGAACAACGCACCGAAAUCAUAAAGGCACGUUCAGCUUUAACAGCGUUGAAAGAAGAAAUGCGAGUGGUGACAGAGGCAGCAGAUAAAGUGUAUACUCAGAAGACUGAUAUGGAAAAGUAUCUAGUUUUGAAACCCGGAGAGUUUUGUCUUGCACGAGCUCAACCCCAUGAUGAAGUUGAACUGGCAUAUGCAAUCACCCAGGAGAUGGUCUCCCCACAAAUUUACAAAGUAAAGUUCUUGCAUUCGGAUCAAGUUGUUGAAUGUCACAUCCGAGAUCUCGCACUCACUAACCAUGGCCUAUGCAAUCCAAUUUUUCAUAAUUUUUGUGAUGUUGGCUUGCGAGUUGCUGUUUGCGUCUCACAGAAAACAGGUCAAUAUGAUCAACGAACCCAUUGGAUGACUGGCACGACUGCUGGUCGCCGCAGUUCUCAUAGAGGAGACUUCUUGGUAUUUUUGGAUGACGGACAAGAUAUCUAUGCAACAGCACCAGUCAAACCUGGGGAUACGGGAUACGAAAUUGUGACGGCGAAAAAAGAAGGCACUGGUAUCUCAUAUCAAGAAGUGUUGAACCGAAUGAAAGCAGCUAAAAUCGCAGUGAUGGUUGGACAGCCGUUGGGAAAAGAUGGAAUCAUUGACUGGAGUCACUCUUAUCACUGGGUCAGGCCACAGCAGAGAUCUGGUUAUAUUAGACAGUUUAUGAGAGAUUUUCCUGAGUGUCCUCUUCUUCGAAUGCAUAUCGGAAUGCGAAUAUUCUUGAUAAGCAGGAUGGCUGAUAGAAGAAAACGAAUGGUCACAGUUGUUGCAAUUGAUCGAGCAUUCGCUACUGUUAGACAUGACAAGUCGCCUCAAAUUCCCGGAAGCAAGUGUUUUGAAUAUCCAUGUACUGAUAAAACUCAUGUACAUGAAGAUGAGAAUGUUUACAGAGGAUCUCAUAGAUUAGAAGGAGCCGCACACAAGAAAGAAAUGUUAUCAACAAAUAACAAUCUCUCAAAACGCAGAAAAGGACAAUUUGCUUCACAAUUCGAACCAACUGAUGCUGAUAGAUCAAUGCCACAGAGAAAUCUUCCACCACAAGCUGUAACGCCAAGAAUCCCUGGUGUCAAUUCGAGAACUUCUCCAGGAACCAAGAAAAAAACGGAAGCUGAAUUGGAGGAGAAUAAAAAGAAGCAACAGCUGUUUGAGAAAAUCAUAGUUCCAACACCGAAACUUGCUCCUCUCAGAACUCUGGUUCCUCAUAAUCAAUGCGGUCCAGAUUGUCUUAUGAAGAUGGACGCUGAUCCAUAUGAUUCGAAGUUCCACCGCAACUCACCAAUUCACACACCACUUUUAUGUGGUUGGAGGCGACUUCGUUAUACAAUGCAUUCGGGAAAGAAACGUGCCACGUUCCGAAAGGUGAUCGUGUAUUACGCUCCAUGUGGUAAACCACUGAAUUCAAUGGCAGAAGUAUCGGCAUAUCUUAACGAUACUCGAAGUCAACUGCAGAUUGACUGUUUCUCGUUCGAACCUUGUGUUGACACUGAAACCUAUGUUACUGUCAAUGAGAAGUAUGUGAAGAAUGCUGAUUUGGCUGGAGGAAUUGAAGGAAUUCCCAUCCCGCUUGUGAACUCUGUCGACAAUGAUCCUCCUCCAAACCUUGUGUACUCCAGUCGGCGAUUCCCCUAUGAUGCAACAGUCGAUGUGUCUAGUAUCAAUCAAGAUUUCUGUUCUGGAUGUACAUGUGAAGGGGAUUGCAGUGUUUCUGACAAAUGCGAAUGUCAAAUAUUGUCUAUUACGGCUACUGAGAAGCUUCCCGUUAAUCUACAAUACGAUCAGAAAGUGAAAGUACAACCUCACUACGACCAUCGCAUCCUCGCUAACAAAGUCAUCACAGGUCUCUAUGAAUGCAACGAUAAAUGUCCAUGUAAGCGCAAAGCUUGUCAUAACAGGGUUGUUCAAAACAAUAUCAAAUAUCCUAUGCAGAUUUUCAAAACGGCUGAAUCGGGUUGGGGAUGUCGAGCUCUUACUGAUAUCCCAGUGGGCGCAUUCAUAUGCACUUAUGUCGGUGCUCUACUCACAAACGAACUGGCAGAUGAAUUGAAAAACGACGAUCAGUAUUUUGCCGAUUUGGAUCUCAAAGAUUCUGUCGAACUGGAGAAAGGUCGUGAAGAUCACGAAACCGAUUUUGGUUACGGUGGAGAAGAAUCAGAAGAAGACAGUUACAGUGACAAAGAUGAGGAUGAUAGUGAAUCGGUAACAGACAAAACAGUUACGCACAGGAACCGUCAUGAUUCUAAACUUCCCAUGCGAGUGACAAGACAAAGUAGAGAAGAAGAGAAAGUGGCUAAUAUUGAAUUUCCCGGCGCAGAGCAGGACCCUGAAGGGUUUGCGCCUAAUGAUAUGGAGAACAACGAUAUUGAAGACGAGAGUAAGAAUGAGGAAAUUUUCAACUGGGACGAGUACUUUGACAAAUCGGCGUUGUACGUUGUGGAUGCAAAAGUCAAAGGAAAUCUGGGAAGAUUUCUCAAUCAUUCGUGUGCUCCAAAUACAUAUGUUCAACAUGUGAUGUACGAUACUCACGAUCUUCGUUUACCGUGGGUUGCAUUCUUCACUAGUAAACAUGUCAACGCUGGUGAUGAACUGACAUGGGAUUACCAGUAUACCGAACUUGAUACAGAAAGUGCAAGACUCUCUUGCAAAUGUGGCGCUUUAGAAUGCCGUGGUCGUCUUUUGUAA